GAUAAUUACAUAAAAGCAGAAAAAUGGCAUCUAAGAUGGUCGUCUACGCGGUGCUCCUCCUCCUGCCCAUGCUAACGGCGACUUCUGUGGCAGUUGAUCAAGGCAGCAUGGUGUCCAACUCACCCGGCGAAUGGUGCUGGCCAGGAAUGGGUUACCCGGUGUACCCGUUCCCGCGUUGUCGUGCACUGGUGAAGAGCCAGUGCGCCGGCGGCCAGGUCGUCGAGAGCAUCCAGAAGGACUGUUGUCGCCAGAUCGCCGCCAUCGGCGAUGAAUGGUGCAUAUGUGGUGCGCUAGGCUCAAUGCGGGGGAGCAUGUACAAGGAGCUCGGUGUGGCGUUGGCAGACGAUAAGGCGACGGUCGCGGAAGUGUUCCCUGGGUGUCGGACGGAAGUGAUGGAUCGCGCCGUGGCGAGCCUCCCAGCGGUAUGCAAUCAGUACAUCCCUAAUACUAAUGGCACCGACGGUGUUUGCUACUGGCUCUCGUACUAUCAGCCACCCAGGCAAAUGAGUAGUAGAUGAUGUGAUUGCAUGACAUCUUGCAAGCUCGGUAAUAAAUGCAUGCGCAUGUACCUUCCAAUGCAAAACAUGCAAGUGGUCGGUGCAUGGAAGCUGCGUAUGGUGUUUAAUAAAAUGGUUCGAUGACAACUAUUGAGAACUAA